AUGGCUGAUCUAUCUGGACACGGCUUGACCCCUACGAGGAUGAGGCUCCUGGGACUUCUUGUGAUACUGGGAGUGAUACAGGUCACGGUAUCCUUUCACUGCCCUAAGGUAAUGAACCAGGCUUUGAUCGCCGACCCUAAAGACUGCCGCAAGUACUACCACUGCCUAACUGAUGGACGCUUCUUUGUCAAAUCCUGCCCCAACGGUCUCGUCUUCGAACCCAAAGCAAAGGUCUGCGUCUGGGACUCAUCUCGAUCCUGCAUCCCUCAAAUCUUUGACGCCGAAGAUGAUAACGUUGUCGCUCCAAUGGCCAAGCAGGAUGCAUCAACAUCAAGAGCAGCUGCAAGCAACGCCCAGAAGAGCACAACGACUGAUUCACAGAAGACAUCCAAGAAGACGGUCCAGACCAACAAAGCAACUGAAACGUCGACGGCCAAGGUUGAGCAGACGACUUCCGCCAGUAAGCAGACGACCACUGAAGCUAAGACAACACUCGAGACCAAGACACCAAAUAAGAUUGAAACCGUGAAGGAUGAUAGUAACGUAGAAACCUCCUCCGCCGCCACAACCACAGUCGACUUCUCGACUGAGAAAUCUAACGGAAAUACCACCGAGACCGCCAAUACAACUGACAUGCGCGCCAGUGAGAACCCCACUGAUGGUAACAGCACCGAGAGCAGCGAGACUGAGAAAGAUGAAACCAGCACUCCCCUUGUUGUCAACGAGACCACCGAGUCCUUCAAAACAGUAGACAAGAAGGAGGUCGAAACCAAGCCUGAAACACAGGCUCCCAAGCACAGUGUUCUUAAACGGUCCCCAUUUGAGGACAACAGAAUCGACAGAGAUUCCGGCAAAGUGCGGUGUACCUCUGCGUUCGCCUACGUCACCGACCCCGACAACUGCCACACCUUCUACCACUGCAACAACUGGCGUCCAUUCCAGAAGAAAUGUCCUCCCGGUCUGUUCUUUGAUUCUCAGAACCUCGUCUGCAACUGGCCCCAUAACGUCAACUGUAUCCAAGGUUACCGCGCCAAGACUUACUUCGCUUUCAACAACAUGAGACGCCGCAUGCACCCCCAGACCCUCAACUCAAUCAAUAAUGUCAAUAAAGUUGAUGAGGACAGCCGAGACAGCAAGGUCAAUAAGAUCAAUAAAGUCAAGACCACCGAAUCCACCACCGAGAAGAUUCCAUUCCUUGAGACGAUUGAGAAUGACGUAAGAAAGGUGAAAUACGAUGAAGACGUUGAUUCCACUACAGCUCACGCCACUGAGAAAAUCGCCGUGACCGUUCGCUCUUUUGACAGAUAUGGACACAGCUGGGUGUACGAGACCCGAGCCUCUGAGACCAGAUCUACGUGGAAGGAUUGGAACUUUGACCUCUUCUACACCAAUAGUGACAAACAGGGAUCUGAACUCGACCGACUUGAACUUUUCUCAAAUGGAAAGAAGGCCCAGGCUGAAAAGAAACUCGAAGUUGUGACCUCUGAUGCCCCAUCUUCGUCCAGCUCCAGCACCAGCUCCAGCUCCAGCUCAUCCUCAACUACAGGAGCCCCUACUCCUUCUUCCAAGAGCAUCUGGGACAAUAUGAGCGAAGGCUCUGAAGACACCACAGUGAAGACUGAUUCAUCUACCGAAAGUGAUCCUACCACCACAAGCCAAGCUCCAUCUUCAGAAUCCGAAACUAGCUCACUCGACACCAACGCAACCAUCACAACCUCCAACUCAACCUCUUCGUCUAAUGACUCUGUAACCCUGGACGACAUCGAUAACACCAGUUCCGCAAGCAAUGAUACCAACACAAUGAAGGCUGAAAACAGCACCACAGCACUUCCCAAAGUUACAUCAAGAGCUCCUUCUUUCGAUUUCGGUUCUGCUGAGGAACGUGAACGCAGUCACCCAAGGAAGAUCCAUCAAGAUGCUCCACCAGCCAGCGACCCAUUCCUUGCAUCCGACAGAUUCGCAGCCAACCAACAGUCCAUGUAUGCCAAAGAUUACCAUAACACCGACAACGUUGAAGAUGUUGAAAUUGAGAAGUUCAUGAUGAAGAUGUUGAAUGACGCCAUGCAGAGUAAACAUUUGGUAGCCAGACAAGCCAGCGAGGAAUACCCUGACAACAUGGUUGAUGCAACAUAUGACAAGAGCAAGAUGACAAAGGAUACCGAGAUCGGCGGUAGUGAUGUGUUUGAUAAGUGGGCCAUCGCUGACAAAGAAGGUAAAAAGUCCAAAGGUACUCUGGUCGAAGAGACUGAAACUGAAGCAGAAGAAAUUGAGUCAUCUGGCGAAGUUGAGGUUUCUGCAUAUGAUACUGAAAACACCAUUACCAACCUGAUCAUGAAAGAUGAGGCAAAACCAGCUGAACCUGAAACUACACAAAAACCCGAGAACGUAACAGAAGUCGCUGAUGUUUCACAGAAUGAAACUGAAGCUGAAGUCAUCAACGAAGUUGCAGAUUCCAAUACGACUGAGACAAAAGAAAUCAACUCAACCACCACUGACAUAAAAUCUGCCGCACCUUCAUCAACCACCACAGAAUCUACAACUACUUCAACAACGACACAAGCUAAUGUUAAUGAGACAACGACUGUGGCAGAAUCAGAAGCUGUCAACACAUCUGAGUCUGCCGAUGUCGUAACCAAAGCAGAAGAAGCAACUGUCAAAGCAGUACCACUUCUGAAGGAUGUCUCUGAUCUGUGUACUGAGAAGAACAAUUGCUCUACAACAGCCGAGAACAAGACAGAAGAGACCACUACCUCUGUAGAGUCAGUUACAACGGAGAAGAUCGAAGUUACCGAAACAGAAGGCGAGAACAAAGACAGUGAAACAACAACGGUGCUUGCCACAAAUGCUACUGAGUCUGUCAAUGUAACUGAAAAAGCAGAAGCCGAAACAUCUACAACCACAACAACUGCAACGACUACGACAACAACCACACCUGCAGUGAACGUCACUGAAACUGUAACAACAACUACUGCUGAACCUAUCGCUAAAGAUGCUGCAGGGAAAUCCGCUAAAGACGAAGCAGUGCCUUCUGACAAUGCCAUAUCUAAGGACGAUAAAUCAGUUGUAGAAGUUGAUGAGAAACACCUCCCUCUGUCAGUUAAUGCCACAAAACAAGAAGCAGUAACUGUUGCUGUGACAGUCAAUGUUACCGAAGCCGAAACCGAAAAUACCACAGAAAUUGAAAUCGCCACAAAUACAACAGAAUCCGAAAUCAAAGUCGAUGCAACAAACACAACAACUGUCACUGAAAUCGAAACUUCAACAACCACGAGUAACGACACUGAAAGCGAACAGACGACAGCCGCAGACGACACUUCCGAUGACGUCACAGAAUCAACCAACACUAGCUCUGAAUCCAGCAAGAUGACGUCAACGCUGACAGCAGUGAUGGACACAUCUUCAACUGAUGGUAGGCUCGCUAUAGGAGGAUCUAAAGGAACCACGAAGAAAGUCUUUCAUUUCCCUUAG